GGUGGUAUUAUGGCAAACGUCGUACACGGCUUUCUUUAAGUAAAAUUGAAAAUAUGCAGAAGCUUUCUGCUUUUUAUCUUGCAAAUUUGAAAAAAGAAUUACCAUAUUUUUCCGCUAACAAUAGUGCUGAAGAUUUAUAUGAAGCACUAUCUAAUAUGAAUCUUAGUAAUAAUAAUGAUUACGAUGAAGAACAACCUGCCAGUGAAGAAGUACAAGAUGUGGAGUUUCCAGAAGAAGAAGUGCUUAAAAUUGAGGAAUUGUUGAAUCUUGAUGCAGCUGAUUUUACAAAUGACUUAGGUGAAAUAGUUUUUGAUACUAACUUCGAGUCUUCUGAAGAGGAAAAUGUUAAUGUUCAAAUUAAUGAUGCUGAGAGCAAUGUUGAUGAGGAAAAUUGGGAUCCUGAAAAGGAAGCUGAUAUAAUGUUAAAUUA